AGACAGGCUCUCAGUAUCGGAAUCCGCAAAAUUUCCUCUUAGAUCACAACUCGUUGUUUGACUUGCUUGCCAAUACGCCAGAGGGAAACCACGCAGCCUUAAUGUACUUCAGCGACCACGGCACGCCAAUUGGAUGGCGAAACCAGCACGGCUACGGCUGCCAUACUUUUAAAUGGGUAAACAAAAAUGGCACAUUCGUCUAUAUAAAAUACCACUUCCUAGCAGACAAAGGCCAGAAACAAUUCACCGCCGACGAAGCCCUCCAAUUCGGCGGCCAAGACCCAGACUUCUCAAAGCGCGACCUCUGGCAAGCAAUCGAGAAAGGCGAGCAGGUAUCUUGGACGGCACAUGUGCAGAUUAUGAAGCCGGAGGCGGAUCCGCGGAAAUUGGGGUUCGAUCCGUUUGAUGUUACGAAGGUUUGGCCGAAGAAGCAGUUUCCUCUACAUGAAUUCGGCAAAUUGCACCUGAACAAAAACCCCGGAAACUACCACCGGGACGUCGAAUAAGCCGCCUUCUCACCAGGCAGCAUGGUCCCCGGGAUCGAAGACAGCCCAGACCCCCUCCUCCAAUUCCGGAUGUUCUUCUACCGCGAUGCGCAGUAACACCGGAUCGGCGUAAACCUGCACCAAGUUCCAGGUACCCCCUCCCUUACCACCCCCACUUUCAAAAUAACAUAGCAUUGGCGCAGUCACUAACCAGUGUGACAAAACAGUAAACUGCCCAUUUAUGGCCAGUUCUUACUCCUCCCUAAACUUCGACGGGC